AUGGCUUCACCCUCGGACGCGGGAGGAAGGGAGCUCGCAGCGUUCUCCGUGUCCUGCCUGACGGCCUCGGGAGUGCUCGGGGAGCCGGCGCCCUUCCUCGUGGUUGGCGUUGGCACAGCCGAGUUCUCGGCGCCUCAGGAAGGGCAGGCUGAGGACUCCAAGCUAAAUCACAGCUGGAGACAGAGUUGGGUCUGGUCCUGUCCAGCCCUGGACCCUGCACGAGGAGGAGGAGGAGGGCUGGGCUGGGCUGGGCUGGGUGUCCAAGGGAAGGCGUUGCUCCCAUUUGGGAAAGCUCCAGCAGCCUCUGUGCCCCUGGGAUGGGAUCCCCUGGUCUGGCAGCCCCAGCCCCUCUCUGGGUGCCCAGCUGCGUCCCUGGGAGCUGCAGGCAGGCCGGAGGAGCUGUGGGCACUGGGAAGAGGGAGAGGAACUCCUCAGGUGGGCACUAACACCUCCCACGGGAGCCAGGGCCCCUCUCUGGCUCCCAGGCACACAAAGAUCCCGUUCCUGGCCCUGUGCCCCUGCAGGGACGGCUGCUGGUGCUCCCCACGCAAGUGCCAGUGUUUGUAUGGAUCCCACAGCCCCUCCUUCCCACCUCUCCCUCCUCUGUCGUGUCUCACCGCCUCCCUCAGCCCGCUCUGCCUUAGUCAGCUCUGCCUCCUUUUGCUCCAAAAGCCUCAAUGUUCUGCACUUGAAUUUAAAAAGUUACUCUCAGAGCUCAGCAGGUUGUGCCAGGUGUGCAGCCCUGCCAGCAAUAGGUGCUUCCACAUCUCCUGUUCCAGCAAUCCCUGUUCCCUUAUCUCCCAUCCCAGCAAUCCCUGUUCUGUUCCCUCAUCUCCCAUUCCAGCAAUCCCUGUUCUGUUCCCUCAUCUCCCAUCCCUGCAAUCCCUGUUCUGUUCCAGCAAUCCCUGUUCUGUUCCUUCAUCAUCUGUUCCAAACAAUCCCUGUCCUGUUCCUUCAUCUCCCGUUCCAGCAAUCCCUGUUCUGUUCCCUCAUCUCCCGUUCCAGCAAUCCCUGUUCCCUCCUUUCCUGCCUUUCCAGCAAUAGGUGCUUCCACACCUCUUGCCUUUCCAGCAAUGGGUGCUUCCAUAUUUCUUGCCUUUCCAGCAAUACCUGUUCUCCUCCCUCAACUCCAGCCUUUCCAGCAAUUCCUGUUUUAUUCCCUCAUCUCCAGCCUUUCCAGCAAUGGGUGCUUCCAUAGCUCCCAUUUCCAGCAAUAUCUGCUCUUUCCAUCUCCAGCCUUUCCAGCAGUUCCUGCUCCCUCAUCUGUUUCCAGCAAUACCUGUUCCUCACCUCCUGCCUUUCCAGCAAUACCUGUUCCUCAUCUCCUGCCUUUCCAGCAAUGGGUGCUUCCACACCUCUGCCUUUCCAGCAAUUCCUGUUUUAUUCCCUCAUCUCCUGCCUUUCCAGCAAUACCUGUUCCUCAUCUCCUGCCUUUCCAGGAAUACCUGAUCCCUCACCUCCUGCCUUUCCAGCAAUGGGUGCUUCCACACCUCCUGCCUUUCUAGCAAUACCUAUUUUGUUCUCUCACCUCCUGCCUUUUCAGCAAUUCCUGUUUUAUUCCUUCUUCUCCUGCCCUUUCAGCAAUAGGUGCUUCCACACCUCUGCCUUUCCAGCAAUACUGUUCUGUUCCCUCUCCUGCCUCUCCUGCAGUGGUGUUCCCCCUCCCCUGCCUCUCCUGCAGUG